AUGGCAAAGACAAAGAACAAGGGCGCUGCCGCCGGGGCCGCAACCGCCACCACCACUACCACCACCAGCAACCGUACCGCGAGCACGGUCGCAAAAUCACAGCCGGAUCCGGCCAGGCUCAACGCUGCUGCCGUACACUGGCCCCGGCUUGACCUCAGCACACCCCAAGUCGAGCAUCUCGUCGAUAACCAGAUUGUCCUCUUGCGGAACGCCCUCUCGCACAAGACCUGCCGAGCCCUCAUAUCCCUCUUCCACCACCCCUCCACGUCGUCUCCGUUCUCCUCUGCCCAUGCCGCCACCGCAACUCAUGCGCUUCUGCCCUCGCCGCCGGCAAGAAAGGGCGAGGCGCAACGCACCAAUGCACGCUUCUCGAUCGACGAUCUCGCCUUUGCGCAGCAGCUGUAUCGCCAGAGCGGCAUAAAGCAGCUCGUCGAGCAGUUCGAGCCUCACAGAUGGCAGGAGCCCGAUGGCAGAACACCAAAGGGUCUUCUGAGCAACAUCAGGAUCUAUCGCUACGCUCCCCUCGAGCUCUUCGGACCGCACUACGACUCGGCAUCCCAGGAUCCGCACACAGGCCAAAGGACAGAGUGGACCGUCCUCUUCUACCUUACGGGCAAAGAGGACGGCGUCGUCGAUGGCGAGACCGUCUUCUACCAUGGUCACUCGACCGUCACCAAGAGUGCCAGGUCGAAGCGGAGCGGCGAAGCGGAACCCAUCGUCACUCCCCUCGAGCGUGGGAUGGCGGUGCUCCACCGCCACGGAAAGGCAUGCAUGCUCCAUGAAGGUCGGCCGCCGGGCAAGGCGAGCAAGGAGGCCAAGUGGGUGUUGCGAUCUGACCUCGUGUUUGGCGGCAACUGA